CAUAACGGGGGACAACGCUUGGCCUGCUUCACACUUUCCAGACUCAGGCCAAGCAUCUUGCUCUGCGGGGCCGUGGCAGGGCCGCGGCACACAGGGGUUUGUUCGGCCCGGCUGCCCGGUCUCCAGGCCACGCCGCCCGGCUCCGUUCGCCUUCGGGCGGGCGCGGUUACGGUUCCCCCGCACUCUGCUAACGUUACUGGGCUCAGCGGCUUCGCGGCGAGACUUCCAGCGGCUCUGCCCGAGCCCGGGCUCGCACACGAGCGGAGCGGCUCCGCUCCCCGCCCGGUACUCAGCAGCAGGUCCCGGCUGCUUGGCCCGGGGCCUCGGUGAUGCCCGGGGGCCGCCCGGCGCAGCCGUGGGGCCCGCGCUCCGCCCGCCACGACCCGGGGCAGCUCCGGGAGACAGACCCACCCCCGCCGAGCCCUCCCGGCCGCUCCGGCUGGAGGCAGGAGCCCGGCUCCGCUCCCCCCGCGGGCCGCGGGGCGGGCCGGGGCGGCGGGCGGCACCUCGGGGCCGGGGCUCCCGCCGGCAGGGGCCCGCCGGGAGCAGCGAGGGCGGUCGGCCGGGGCGGAGCGGCAGCCGGCAUGGGGGCCGGGGCGCUGGCCGUACGCCAAAGCAAGUCGGCUGUGAGAUUGAAGGAGGACAUGAAAAAGAUAGCUGUGCUUCCACCAAACAAGCAGAGGGACACGACCUGUCCAAAGGUGUUUGGUGUGAGUCUUCUGGAGCUGCAGCAGCAGGGACUGAGCAAAAAUGGAAUCCCGAUAGUUGUGUGGAAUAUAGUGGAGUACCUCACUGAGCAUGGUAUGACACAGGAAGGUCUCUUCAGGGUGAAUGGCAGCAUGAAACUGGUGGAGCAGCUGCGUCUGCAGUAUGAGCGUGGGGAGAAGGUGGAACUCGUUAAAGAUGGUGAUGUGUACUCAGCAGCCAGUCUGCUGAAACUGUUUUUGAGAGAGUUGCCAGAUGGAAUUAUCACGUCUGCCUUACAUCCCAGGCUCAUUCAGCUUUACCAGGACUCUAGAAAUGACUUGCAGAAGGAAAGUUAUUUGAAAGAACUCCUUAAAGAGCUGCCUGAUGCCCAUUACUGCCUGCUGAAGUACCUGUGCCAAUUCCUGAUAAAGGUUGCUGAACAUCACGUAGAGAACAGGAUGAAUCUUUGCAAUCUUGCCACUGUAUUUGGACCAAACUGCUUUCAUGUGCCCUCUGGAUUUGAAGGGAUAAAGGAACAGGAAAUCUGCAACAAGAUAAUGACAAAAAUGCUGGAAAAUUACAAUACCUUGUUUGAAUUAGAAGACUUGAAGAAGGAUGAAGAAAAUCCUGUAUGUGAAGAGCUAGCAAGAAUAAUUUUGGUAAAAAUGACCAAACCCCCAACAGAACGAUCGAGCCAAAUGGACCUAUUGCCACAACCAGGCCAGUCAGAUGGAAUACCCCAAGUCAGCCUCCAAUUAACAGACAGUGCUUCAUGUGGGAAGGAGAUGAACUUAACAGAUGAAAUGUCCUUCGUUAACAAUGAUGUGUUUUUCUCCAGCUCCCAAGAAGAUGAGCGGCCUAUGUCACCCUUCUAUGUGAGUGGCCAUGUAUCACAAGUCAGUAGUAACAUUUCUACUACAGGAGAGUAUUUAGAGAAGACAAUCCGCUCAGCCGUGGAACAGCAUCUCUUUGAUGUUCAUGGCUCAAGUGGCCAGAGUUCAGAGGACUCUGAAUCCGGGACAUCUUCAGCCUCUUCUAAUGUGUCUGCCAGGCAGAGGAGGCGACACCACAAAGAGCAGGAAGAAGCCCGGAGAAACAGAGACAUGGAAGUUGUCAACAAGGAAAACAUUCCCUCUGGAUUCAGCAGUCUUGAAGAUUGUAUUCUAGCUGCUCAAGAUGUAGAAAAAUUACAAGACACGAGCUCCGGAUACCUUAGUGAAAGGAAUAAAUCGAAACGGCAGAAAUCCAGCACCAAGCUCUCAGAGCUUAAUGACAACCAGGACAGUCCUGUGAAUACGGAAAGCUUUAGCUCGUCCAAGCCUAUAGACAGAACAGAACCUGAUGACAUGGAAAUUUUAUCUGAAGAAAGCAAAGAAAGUGAAAACGAUGAGGUUUUUUUCAGACAUUCUCAGCUGACUUCAAGUAUGAAGAUUCAAGAACAUCCAAGCGUGCCUGAAAACAAGUUGCAAAGAAAUCAAGAUGCUGAUGAUCAGGAGAACAGCUUUGUAUCUGAAGUGCCUCGGCUGGAUUUAACAUCAUUGUGUGAUGACAACAACUGGGAAGAGCCCAUCCCUGCUCUCUCCUCAUGGCAGCGAGACGGCUUAGACUCAGAUGAGGCUCGCCUUUCCCCGCAGGCCGGGCGCUUGAUUCGCCAGCUUCUGGAUGAGGACAGCGAUCCCAUGCUGUCCCCUCGCUUCUAUGCCUAUGGACAGAGCCAACAGUACCUGGAUGAUACAGAAGUGCCUCCUUCUCCUCCCAAUUCUCAUUCCUUCAUGAGGAGACGGAGUUCAUCUUUAGGAUCUUAUGAAGAUGACAGAGAAGACCUUACCCCUGCACAACUCACCCGCAGGAUUCAGGGGCUGAAGAAAAAGAUCAGGAGAUUUGAGGACAAAUUUGAAGAGGAGAGGAAAUACAGACCUUCUCACAGUGACAAAGCAGCCAACCCUGAAGUGCUCAAAUGGACAAAUGAUUUGGCCAAAUUCAGAAAGCAGCUUAAAGAGUCAAAACUGAAGAUAUCGGAGGAAGACCUUGGCCCUGUUGUGCGUCAGCGCAGCAACACACUCCCUAAGAGCUUUGGCUCUCAACUGGAGAAGGAGGAUGACAAGAAGCAAGACCUGUCAGAUAAAUCUGCCAAGCCUGCCGUGGAAGUGACCCUUGACUCCAUCCAGAAGAAGCUUCAAGAAAAACGAGCAGAGACAAAUCGACCUGAAGACAUUAAGGACAUGACACGAGAUCAGAUAGCAGCUGAAAAAGUGGCUCUUCAAAAAGCUUUGCUGUAUUAUGAAGGCAUUCAUGGCAGACCGGUUACCAAAAAUGAACGGCAGGUGAUGAAGCCAUUGUAUGACAGGUAUCGCUUGGUCAAGCAGAUCCUCUCCAGAGCCAACACUAUUCCUAUUAUUGGUUCCCCCUCCAGCAAGCGGAGAAGCCCUUUGCUGCAGCCAAUUAUCGAGGGCGAAACAGCUUCCUUCUUCAAGGAGAUAAAGGAAGAAGAGGAGGGGUCUGAGGAGGACAGCAGUGUGAAGCCGGAUCUCACAAUUACCAUAAAAACAGAUUCCAGUGUGCGCAGCUUCUUGGAUCAACUAGAAGACGAUGCUGAUGGCUUUGUUUCCCCGGUGGAUGAUAAGAUGCCAUCUAGGAGCAGUCAGGAUAUGGGGCUUUCAAAUCUCCAUGAAGCAUCCAUCCCUGAACUGUUAGAGCAGCUCCAAGAAGUCAGGGAAGAGAAAAAGCGAAUCAGAAAAAAAUUGAGAGACUUUGAAGAUAACUUUUUCCGACAAAAUGGAAGGAAUGUGCAGAAAGAAGACCGCACUCCCAUGGCUGAAGAGUACAAUGAAUACAAGCAGGUUAAGGCCAAGCUGAGGCUGCUGGAAGUCCUGAUCAGUAAGAGGGAUAUUAGCUCCAAGAUCAUGUAAAGGAGGAGAUUGUUUUUGCCAAUAAACAAAGAGAAGAGAGCAUCAAACGGACAAAUGCAUGAAGUGGAUGCAGCGGGAGCCUGACUGGGAGAGCUGAGGAGCUCCCUGGGAACUGAGAGAUCAUUCCCAGAGGUGGGAGAGGGAGGAAAGGUGGAUUUCUGUCACUCUCUGUAUUUGCUGUUGCCCACUGUUUCUCCAGGCCUGAUGCCCAAAAUGGAGUUUGCCAGUGUAGGAGACAACGCUGCGCUGAGUGACUGCACUGAAGGGAUCCUUCUGUAUUGAUUUAUUUACAAAUCCUGUAAUGUUUAGAAUAUCAAGGCCAGCCAUGCUGUUCUUUUUUUUUUUCCCAGGAUAUUAUAGCAAGAGGCAAAAUAGGAUUAAUAGUGAUGAAAUCAUCAAGUAGCUUCUACUUGAGUUGAACAGACAAAUGCCCUGACCAAUCUGACAUUAAGGCACAGGUCAGGCAGCACCAAGACUGUUCCCUUGUAGCUACAGUAAAGAUUUUCUCAGACUUUUGACCUGUUUGGAUUCCAACAUCUUCUGUUGCUCUAGAGAAAUGCUGUAAUAGUCUCCUGGUCAUCAGCCAGAGCUUGUGUAAGUUGCAGUUUUGCCCAGGCUUGACUUGGUUUUUCUUCCCACAUUUUUGAUGGCCAAUUCAACUGAAGUAGAAGGAAACAUGUUUGGGAUAGUAAAGAAAAUGAGCCAUGCAGCCAGGUUCUUCCCAGCUUGUUCUGCUUGGAGGGUGAUACUGAGACCUUCUGACCACAUUUGGGCAACAGGGAAGAGAAAAGGUUUUAAACGCUUUAAGUCAGAAUCCCUUGGGAUUUUGGUGGUUGAUUAAGUAUCUGGUGUCAAAUAUGUGGUAGAUAUCUAGAGGACCCACCCCAUUCGUACGUGUGCUUCAUUGUGAUACUGACACCUGAGCCUGAGCUGGACAUCCACACGGGUGUCCCACAAACUCAGUCACCUAAAUUUUCUUCUUUUGUGUGCAUCACCCCUGUGUGGGCUGCAGCAGCAACACUGGUGGUGGCAGCAGAGGAUGGGCUUUUCUUCCCAGUGCAGGAGGUGUGGCAGUACAGAGGAUACUGCAGGGAACUGAGAGCAGUGAAGCUGUGCUCUGCCUGUGGAAAGGGCAAGCUUUGACAAUUCACCGUUUCCAAAUUUGUUUAUGACUUUCAGAAAAUAAAGUCCUGGGACACCUGAUUCAGGUGCUCAUGUCAAACAGGUGCUGCCUGAAGGAGAGAAAGGCAGAGUUCAGGGACACUGAGUCACUGGGGGCUCACAGUUCUGCCAUCUUGGGACAACUGGGCUCACUCUCCCACUCCAGAGGCUUAUGUGCACCCCUCGGUCUGCCCUGAGCCAGGCUCCGCCUCCACAAAGGGGAUAUUUCCGUAAUGCUCUCUUCAGCUCCCCAGGGGAUCAUUGCCAAUGUACAGAAGCUAAAUAGCUGAGAUGAAAUGCAGUGUUGGUUGUAGCCAGGCCUCAUGCAUGUCACACCAGAGGAGCCAAGAGGACUCCCAGAAUAACUUCUCCCUCUUCCUUCUUAAUUAGGGGCAAGUGCACUCACAAAUAGUUGUAUUUGGGUUGUGGUACUUAGAUUUAUCCCCUUUCACUUGCCAUGUAUGCUGCAUGUGUUCUUGCCAAAAUUGCUGCUGUUUUGGUCUCUUCAGGAUCUCUUGAAUUCUUCCAAAGGCGGCCAUGGGUUGCAUGUGCCCUUUGCUAGCCAGGGUGGGUGUCCUGGUUUAGGGCAAAUUCCCCCAACUGGUUCGGGAAAAGAUUUCCUUGGAGAAACUUAGAAAAAUACUGUUUAUUUAACAAGCAAUGCACCUACAAACAUAAAAAAUGAACAAUACCAAAAAAUAAAACCUCUUGUUGUUCUGAAGAUUCGGCGAAUUCAGAAAGUCCUUUUCGUGGGGUGUAGCUCAGCUUGCUGUCUUAAAGGUGUAGAACUUAUAUCCAGCAUAAACAGAACAGACGAUUGGGGAUACAAUGUCACUCUAGGACAGAGGCGGAGAUGUGUGUUAGUGAAAGCUUGGUUUGGUUUUUUAUUGAUUGCAGAAUUGCCUGUUCCAUAUAAAACUAAAAAAGACCAAAUUUUGUAUUUCCAAACAGUCCAGAGGACUUGUGUGCUGACCUAGGUCUUGGCUUUUCAGAGGUGCUGAGAUGGGAUCUCCUCUGAUUCUUGCGGUGUGUUAACUGAACUGACAAAUUGGCUCAAGAAGUGCUUUGAAGGGAAGCCUAAAGAAGGGUAAACCCCCUGUUCCAACAGAGGGCAGCCCAGGAAGCCAGAGUUGUGCCUUUGCCUGCUCCUGCAGGCUCUUCCUCUCAUCGUCAGCUCUCCCUAGUUAUUUUAGGGAAAGCAGCUGAGCCAAGCUGGCUGCAGUGUCACUCUGCUGGUAGAAGUGUGGGAUGAGAAGAAAUGCUGCGUUACCAAAAGGUCCUUAGCACUGGCUCAUCUUUAUAUUGUUCAGAUCCAGUUCUGCAAAGCAAAAGCCUGGAUCGUGAGCGUGUGCCUUAAGCUGGCCUGCCUUUGGUUGCUGAAUUAAAAUGGAGUCAAGCCUCUGUGCUUUGCUGAAUCUGGGCCUGGACAUGUUUAAAUGGAUUAGAGAAGCAAUUUCUGCUCUUUUUCAUAAUCAUGCAUUUUUUCAGUGGGCUGAGGCUUGCCACGAGUAUGUUUUCUCUGCUUAUUUUUAAAAGUCUGUUUGCACUAUGUACUGAUAAAUUAUCUGUUUUGCUGGUGUUGGGGGUUAGUUUCUUUCCUUUUGUUCCAUUUUGUAGAUUUUUUUUUCCACAUAAUCUUCUAGGAAACACUAACCACUGGGUACCUCAGAAAAACUGGGUACUUAAGAAAAGCAAAACAAGUGGCCAAGCUCAGAGGAGGAGGGCAUCUGGUUGCACUUUUUAUCUGGGAGUUUCUGUCCGAGGGGCAGAUACCACAACAACUGGGCAGAUAAAAGACAGGGUUGGGGCAGCUGCUAGCUCUCUCUCGGCUUCGGAGGAGGAUGGUCGGAGCUGCCGCUUGCGGAAGGGAAUUAGCUCCCGCUGCCGCUUCUGCCACCACCACGGCUUUCCCAGCUGCCUCCCCCGGCUCUGCUCCGGUGCUGCUCCAGUCUCGCCUCGCCGCCACCAUCAUGGAUAAAAAGCGCUUGUGGCUCGUGGCUCCCAGCUCCCAGCCCGGCAGAGCCGCGGGGCUUUGGAAAUCCCGCGCAGAGCCCGGGAGGGAAUGAGGGAACGGCAUUGGAGCCCUCAGCUCUGGGGAGGAGCUGUGAGCAGGAAAUGUGCUCCGGUUCCUGCCCUCUGCAGAGCUGGCGCGUUCCCUGUGGGGCUGCGAACCGAGCGGUGCCUCGGGGGCUCCUGGAGGAUAAAACCUCCCCGAGCGGAGCCGCCGCGGCCCCGGGGAGCGGGAGCGGCCCCCCCGCGCCGGCGGGGCAGAGCCGCGUCCUGCUGGAACCGCGGGGCGAGGGGCGCGCACGGUUCCGCUUCCGGGCGCCUGCACACGGCCGGGCUGGGGAGCGCCUUCCAAGUGGCUGUAGCACUUUUUAAUAGUCUUUUCAACAUAAAAACAGAAUUAAAAGGUAGCUUUUCCAUCGUUCGUGGGUAGAGGGAACAGAAACGGACCUGCAGACACAGGCGGCACUGACCGAGAGGUCUCUGGAGCCCGCGGGGGGGCGAAUGCCGCAGCAGCUGCGGUCCCUUCAGCAGAUUGUAGUUUUUAAAAGAAUUUCUAAUAAAAUGCCACGUGGGUAACUAUUUUGUGGCUAUGGCCCUAUGGCCUAUUUUGUCCCUAUGGCCGCUACCCACAAAAGCUGCUCCAACUCGUCCCAGCUUUCGAUAGAAAAGGCAUUUUGUACUUCUGCUUUCACGUUGUUUCCUACGCCGUAGAAAUUAAGUUCGCCGUUUCCUUCUAUCCUGUUUUAUUCCAUUUGCGCGGUAUAAGUGCCCACACACGUGUUAUCGCCUCCUCGUCGGACGAAGUGCAUGAUCUGAUUUCCCGCAUUUUACGCCUUUUUUAACCUCUUGGUCUGCACAUUACCCUGCGGCCGCGCUUCCUCACGCGUGCGUCAUUCCGCGCGUGUGGCGCUCCGUGCCGCGGAUCUCCCACAGCGCAUUUUCCAUGGCUCUCUCUGGCCGCUGUCUCCCCGGCUCAAGGCUGUAGCUCCCCCGCGAUUCUCGAUCGCUUCCCUGCGGCCGCUCCCUCGUAUUUCCGCAGUUCUUCAGCCCGUGCCCCGCAUCUCCUUGGACGCGAUGUUUCCUGGCUCUCGGCCAUUCCCACGGCUCCAGGCCAUGCUUCCCCACGGUUCGAGAUCGUGUCUCCCACAUCUCCCGUUCCUGACCGUACACUCCACGGGUUUUGAGACCGCUGUCUCCCACCGUCUCAGUGGCCGCAAUGCAUUUUCCUGUCCGUGCUCCCACCCCCCCGGGCAGCGCCUUCCCGGGAGCUGUGCUUGUUUCUCUGUUUCCGUGUUUGUGUCUGUGCGUUCCGCGGCGCCGUGCGCUCCCGCCCGGUCCCGCUCCCCUGCCCGCCUCUUGUCUCUGUGCACUUUGGGCCGUCCCGCGGCCGCCUGCGGCCACAGCCGCGGCCUUUCGCUGCUUUGUGCUUUUGCCUCUCGAACUUCGUUUCCCCGCGGGCUGCUCAUUCGCGGCUCUGUGUAUUCCGGCUCUCGAGUCCCGGCUCGGCUUGGCCCGCGUCCUUUUUUGAGGCAGGCUCGGCCGGAGCAUCCCGCGAUCGCAUCGGGUCAUCAGAUACUGUAGUAAGUUAGUCGAGACUCCAUUAUCUUCAUGCAGGAAAAGACAAUUCUUUAUUCAUGUUAUAAAUGCCAGGACAAUUUAUUUCCAAAUUCAAUAAUUUGGUUUAUAAAAAAUUCAAAUCACAAAAUUUGGAAUCAAAUCACAGAAUUUUUAAGCAAUAGAAAAACUUCUCUUUACAAACAGCGACACUUACUUGACAGAGUUUCUUCUGGGAAAAAGAGAGCCAAGGGUGACCCAUAGACAUAGACCCUGGCUGUCUGUGUCUCUAGCUGGGUACACGAAUUUGCCAUGUUCGAGGCUUGGUUUUUAUACUCUUUAUUCUGCCUCUGGCAAUAUUUCCCCUAUUUCCCUUUGUUUCUUGGUUAGCUAUUCAAACCCAAAUUCGUCUCCGGUCGGAUUGAAAAGAACUCCCCUCCCAAGUCCAUGUGUUAAUGUUCAGUUUCUAUGGAUCCUUACAGUUGAUGAAUGUUCGAGAUAUGGCUGAUAUUGCUUGAUGGUCUGUGAAAGUGGCUCCCGAGGUGUGAGUUGCUGAUACCGGCUCAUCUCAACAGGUCCCCUCCCAAUACUUGAGAAGGCUGCAAAGUCUUUUGUUCCCUUCUGAAUGGAGACGCCUGAUUUUCAGGGUGGUCAGUUUCACCAUCUGCUGCAGAAACCUCCUGAAACGUAGACUUUUACCUGAUAUAAAUUUAUACAGCUUUAUAAUUUUCCAAUUUACCAUAAGAACAUGAAUUAAUCAUCUCACGUUUUUCACAAUUCACAUCACUUAUUUUAUACAGUUGUCACACACCUCACCUAUUGGCUGGUAGUUUUCUUACUACAUUUUUUAGGACGUGAUUUGUGUGUACGUGCUCAGAUUCAGGUUGUUUACUUUUUCCUUUAUGUGUUUUCAUGGAACCGAUAUUAUUGUUCAUACAGAUGCACUUAUUUUUCAACUCAAGAAUAGACUGUCAUGUUAACGAACCUUUCAUACCAAGAUCGUUUUUGCAAGGGAACUUGCAAAUUGCUACCGUCACAACAUACGAUCACAAGAAAGUCAGGAGGUUGGGUGUUAUAAAUGCCAAUCCAGUAGUCCAAUUAAAAUAUAAUUUUGGCUUAUUAAAGAGAAUCAAAUUACAGAAUUUCGGCAACUUUCUGCCGCCUCCAUCCCCCCACCACCACCAGUGGAGUUACGCUGAUGAUAGAUUUUAUACACUUUAUUCCGUCUCUGGCACAAAAUUUCCCCAUAGUCCUUUUGUUUCCAGGGCUGGUUAUUCGAAUUCCUAGUCGUCUCCGGCUUAGCUGAAAAGAGUUUCCCCUUCUGUUGCAAGGUGUCAAUUUCUGGUUUCCUGUGAUGAAUGGACACCAAAGUUUAUGAAUGGAAAGAGUUCUUCUCCAGAGAUUUGGACGAUGAUGGCGCUCUGAUGAUUCUGCCGGUGGUCUGAUGGCUCUGCCACCCAUGGGGGAAGGAUUGAUUGCUUAUCUUAGUGUGUCCUUCUUUCUGAUGCCAAAGAGAAGACCAGGGUUUUCCUGUAAAUCCUUUGACUCCUUUCUAAAUGGAAAUUCCAGGGUGGUGCCUGCCUCCAUCUCAGUGAAUUCCAAGCCAGACUGAAACUAAAAUUAUAUUCUCAUAUAACAUAUAUUUUUAUAAUUUCUAACAUACCAUAACCCAUAAGAACACGAAUUAACAUCCCAUAUUUUUUAUAUUGGGGUAAAAAUAGUACACAAUUGUAGAAAAUUGAAGACAGUGUACAAAGGGUUCCAAACACAAAGUUUUCCCUCUGAUGAGUUUGCAUUUUUCUAUCUGCUCUUGGAGAGAGCCAUCCCAAACCUCCCAGCCACAGCUGUGUAACAGCACAGUCUCCCAACAACUCUAAACAAAUGUUCUUCCUUCAAAAGGGCUUUCAGGGAUUGCUGAGGUUUGACUUGUUACUUUAAACUGCCACUCUGCUUAAUGAACUCAAGACACCUAAAAGAAUAAGCUCUACUUUCCUCAUUUAAAAAUUGAGGAGAAGUUCUCUUAAAAUAUGCUUUUGAAUUUGACAAAAUGCUCCAGCUGCUCAGGUUUUAGGAAUACCUCCAGGCUGCACAGCAGCUUGUUAGCAGAAACCAAACUAAAGGACCUAAAGAAGGGGAGCCAGCCCAGACCCUUCCCUGUGCUGCUGGGCUGCUCCCAAAACUCCACCCAUCUCCUUCUAGGAUCACUUGGUGCAUUCCAACAGCAACAACCCAGAUCUGCUGACAAGGAACCAACAUCAGAUGGGCCAAACACUAAAGGGGGAGAGGGAACACAUGCUGGGGCCAAGAACAGAGGGACUGCCACAUGUCAAAAUCCAUACAAGCUGAAUAAAGCUUGUGUUUGCAGGGGGGCGUCAGGAAUCAACAUGGAAAUGCCAACAGAGCCUCACAAGGCUGCUCCUGUCUCCUAUGUGACACCAGCUACAAUGUUCUCGUGUGCCACAGAGGCUGAUGGCCAUGCUGGGGAAAAAGGGAAACAGCUUUUCCUUUUGGGAGAAAGCUCUUUCCUAUCACCAUCCAUGUCCUGUCUGUCUUGGUUUGAAAGACAGGUGUCUGCUAAGGAAGGCAGGAGCAGAGCAGCUGGGCCAGCAGGUGAGACUGUGCCUCCCGAUCUCCCUGGCUGGGAAUCCCAGCUAGCAGCAGGCACAGCAGUCAGCUGGGGACACUCCUCAGUGCCCGGGGUACCGAGAGGUGUCUACAGGCAGUCCCCCGUGCAUGGGAAAGCUGUCGGCAGGAGAAAGCAAAGGCUGAAAGAAGACUCUGCAUGGUGGUAUCAGUCCAGGUCUUUAUUGGUGACUCCAGAGAGCUCCUAGACCUGGGGAGUACAGACCAUGCGGAAGCUGUGCAGAGAGGAUCUGAUGCCAGGCUUGGAGCCCACGGCCUCCACGGCAGGAGGGUACAAGGUGGGGAACCACUCAUCAGCCAGUGGGGGAAGGCUGGGGAGGGAACAGGGUGCAUAACAGACAACAAGGAUAACCAUUGAGGGUACAUUGGGGAAGGGACCCCUGCUUUCCAGCCUAUCACUCAAUGCCCUUCUGAGAGCCUUCUAGAAUAAGGGAAGGGUACAUCAAGUGAUGGGCAAGGAAUCAGGGAGGGGGUAUGGGGAUUGGCAUAGGGAUGGUACAAACUCUUAAAGAUUACAUCAUAGAAAGGAAAAAAACCUUAACAAGCGAGAACAAAGGCAAACAAACCACAACAAGUAGGAAUGAGCAAAAAUCCCAGGGUGGUAGACGAGAUGUAUCGGAAGCUCUGGAGCUGUGUCUGGAACCGCAGGACAUCCCGGCGGGCAGGGUCUGCAGGGCUACCAUGUAGCGAAAGCCCAGAGCAGCGCUCAAGAGGCAGAGAGGGUAGGGCAGCGGCGAUCUGGCUGCAGCAGGACAGAGAGGGGCAGGCUCAGUAUUCUGGGCACCCGAGCAGACAGUGAUAGGUCCCUUUUUUAGUGAGGCAGGUGUUAAUAAUCUCUCAGUUCAGUGGCUGCUCUCACAAGCAGAGGCUCACUCCAUGGCGACCUUCCUCCUCCAAAGCUAAAAGAGAGAGAGCUAGCAGCUGCCCCAGCUCCGUCCUUUACCUGACCAGUUCUCGUGGUAUCUCUGCCCCUCGGAGAGAAACUCUCAGAUAAGAGAAAUGCAACCAGAUGCCCUCCUCCCCUGAGCGUAGCCACUUGUUUUGCUUUUCUUAAGUACCUUGUUUUUCUGAACAAGUUGUGUUAGUGUUUCCUCCCAGGUUAUGGGAAAAAAGUUGUUAGUGUUUCCUCCCAGGUUAUGGGAAAAAAGUCUAUAAGUAAAAAGGAACAAAAGGAAAGAAACCUAACCCCCAACACUGUCCUUCGAAAUCUGUGUCACUGAAAGGGCAAAUGCACCACAAGCAGAUGAAUUCCUAUAGGGACCUCUGAGGCUGCUGAGGCCAGCACACUCUAGAAGCUCUUUUUCAGCUUAGCUGCCACAAGCACAAGAAUCUCUCUUUCUGCCAGUUCUCUAUGUUCUUGGAGACCUCACAUCAGAGGUGCCCGUGGCGAGGUUCAGCAUUCUCACAGCGCUUCCUCACCUCUUCUUGUUGUGCAUCUCUGCCGUGCUGGAGCUCACAUACAUAAAAGAAGGACCAGGCAUCCCCCAGGUCAGAAUCUAUCUUCAGGGUGCAGUGGAACCACUCUCUGGCCUUGAUUAUUUUACACUCGCUUCAGAAGAGCUCGGCCAUAGCCAGCAGAACAUGUGGGUCAUGUUCACACUUCUUGAGAGCAUCCACACUCUUGGUCUUUCGUUGCGGUUGCGCUUCAAGGAAAAUUGCUUCUGAUCACAGAAUUCCUGAACUGGGGCAUUUUUGCAGUGCCUUGGCCAUCUGAGUGCUAGCCACGUUCUUCAGCCCAGCUCAGUACUUCAAGCGCACAGACUCUGAUCAGAGAUCUGGAUUCUUUGGAUUUUUCAGGCGAGACUUUUCCAGGAUGGCUCUUGCUCUAGUCAGCUGCCCAACAUUCUCCUCCAGGCUGGACAGCAAAAGCCACAGGGGUAUGGAAUGGGGGCACUUCUUCAACCCUUGAUUAUAAGUCUCCCUUGUUUUCUCUAACAGCACUUUUUGUUCUUCAGUUUGUCUUUUCAUCAUCCACAGUUUAGGAAAGUCCUCAUAGAGCUUCAGGGCUUUCUCACAGAGCUCCUGGGCUGCAUCAAUGUUGCCAAGCAUCCAUUCCAACUUCACAGACUUCAUGAAGACCCUUGCUGUGGGGGCAGUGCUGCGAGCCUUUGCCAGCAGCCUCCUUGCUCUUUCGUACUCAUUGUUCUGACUCAAGCUUCACGGCAGCCAGCCAGAUCUCCUUGCUGUUGGGGUUGGCCUGGAAAGCCAGGGUUAAAAUGCUUCUGGCUGCUGGCACAUCUCCUGCCAGCCACUUGGAUUUGGCUACCAUGAGCCACAGCACCUCCGCUUUGGGACAGUGAGUAACAGCUCUUUGCAAAAGAGCCUCCAAGGAUUCUCUGGUUCCAUGGUUCUUUUCAAAGUAGGCUGCUUGCAGCCACACACUCUUCUUGCUCGGGAAGACCUGCAAGGCAUAGGCAUAAAUGGCUCAUGCACACUCCAGGGCAUUAUGAGCAACACAACUGUCUGCAUCUUCCAUCCAGGUGUGUUUCCGAUCUUCUUCCUCAAUCCCAAUCCCAAUCACAGAUUGCCUGGCAUGUGGCCACACUUCCAGCUGUAUCACAUUCCUUAGCAUCCUGUAUCCACUGCUCCCUGUUGAUUUCCAUGCUGUUAGCCCUAAGAGAUGUGAUGGCUCUGUCAAUGAUUUUCUCCACCAUGUGGGUAUUUCCAUUGGCUUCCUCCAGUCUGGCAGCAGUAAUCCAGACGUGACGAUCUGCCGGGAUAUUCUCCCAGGCUUUGUUAAGUACUUCACUAGCAUUCUUGUAUGUCUCCAGCCUUGCCAGCACCAGCCAGAGUUCCACACUGGUUGGACAGCACUCCACAGCCUGGCUCAGCAUGGUCCUGUCAUCCUCAGGUUCCUCCAGCUCUACAGCUGCUUUCCACAAACGCUCUGAGUUUGGAACAUGCUCAAGGGCUUUCCUAAGGACACAUUUAUUGGCAUGGAUGUCUGUCUUCAACUCUGCUGCUCUGAUAUAGAUCCACACAGACUGUAGCAGGUGCCACACAGCCUGGGCCACAACAGCCUUGGCUGUAUCUCCAGGCUGAAGCCAAGCAGCUUCCAAACAAACAUCUUCACUCUUGGGGCAUGUCUCUCUUCCUUUCAUGAUGAGAUUUUGAGCCACCUGGAGUUUGCCAGUGACCUCCUCCAGUCAGGCUGAGGCUAUCCAGGCUGGUGGAUGAUGAGGAUUGGUCUCUUGGACAGAUUUCAGGAGCAAACGGGCUUUUUUUGUAUCACGGAUAUCUCCUCCAUGUGUAGGAAUCAUGGAACUCAAGUCUGUCAAAUAUCCUUUUGGGUCCACUACAGUCUGGCCACUCACAGAGUCCAACACCUGGCUUAGCCUCAUAUCCAUCAAGGUGUUCCUGGCUUGGCCAAUCUUCCUCAUAUCCAAUUCACCUGUCCCAGGUGUCAUCAAGCCUGGUGUCAUCCCUCCUGGGUACGGAGUAUUCAAAGUCCCUGGAUACAGAGUAUUCAGUACACUAAAUCAUGUCUGGUAUGGGUGCACAGAAAUGUGAUUCUCCCCUGACUGCAAAUGCUUUGCAAAGAAGCUGUCGGGGACAGGAGGCAGCUUCUCAUAAUGAGUAUUUCUCUGCUGCUUGUUCCUGGCAUGCCCAACUUCAGGAAGACUCAGCCGCUCCUCCUCAGUAAUCUCCACUAACUUCCAUUUCAAGUCUGAGAACUGCUGUUGAAUUUUGGGUUGUUCGAAAGGUACUUUUCUAUUUCCUCUUUUACUCAUCGUUCCUUCCUUUCUUUCCUGCGUUCAUCCAUCCUCUUAUCCAAAGCUGCAUAAAUAGCAUUUGCCUCUUCAUCACUUUUUUCAUAGGGGCCACUUGAGAAGAGGCUCCCAGCACAGACAUUGGACUCAUGGUAGUUGGUGUCACUCAAAUCUCCAUCCUCAUGGUCUGCUGUCUGGUUCUUCUUCAUCUGGUGCCCCACAGUUCUCUUGCCCUGUGGGGCAUGCCCGUUGUCCGCAGGGUUGCUGGCGCUGCGGGCAGGGCCGAUGCCAGAGCGGGUGGUGAAACCCGUGGCUCCACGUCCCAGCCCUGGCACGUAGCCCAGGGGUGCAGGCAUGGCCAAGAACGGCUGCUUCUUUUUAUCCAUAAUGGUGGCGGCGAGGCGAGACUGGAGCGGCACCGGAGCAGAGCUGGGGGAGGCAGCUGGGAAAGCCGUGGUGGAAGCUAAUUCCCUUCCCCAAGCAACAGCUCCGACCACCCUCCUCUGAAGCCUAAAGAGAGAAGAAAGAGAGCUAGCAGCUACCCCAGCCCUGUCCUUCACCUGCCCAAUUCUUGUGGUAUCUCGUCCCCUCAGAGAGAAACUCCCAGAUUAAAAGUGCAACCAGAUGCCCCCCUCCCCUGAGCUUGGCUACUUGUUUUGUUUUUCUUAAGUACCCAGUUUUUUUGAAGUACCCUGUCAUUAAUGUUUCUGUAAGAGUCAGUCAAAAAAGGCCCUCAUCUGCCUCAUGACUGCCAGAAGCCGAGACCCCCACGGACUCUGGGCCAUUGGGCUGACCGAAGCGGGAUCUGAGCUUCUCCCUGCAGCUGCUGUUACUGGACCGAAAUGCCGUCCUCAGAGACCCGCGCAUGAACAAUGGGGGGCUGUUACGGUUUCUGGGCCGUGUUUGACUGGACUGAAACGCCCUUCUCAGAGACCGACCGUACCUGCUGUAAGGUUCGGGCUGCACCGCUCCCUCUAUUGUGAGAAAACACCUGCAGUGCCCACGAGACCUCCCCCCCUUCCUGGCAUCUUGCCCUUCACCUCGAAAAAGAACUAUAACAACCACCCCCAGAGAGCAGGCUUUCGAGAUCUCCCCAGCGGACACGACGAUGGUCUAUUGGCGUGCGCCACGAGGACUGCGAAGGUGGUCUUGGGCUCCAGCGUCAUGAGGACUCACGUCUGUAGUCGGUAGCUAUUACCCCCCCUUUCCUCUCUUCUCUCUCUCUCACUUUCUUUCCCCGUGUGUAUCAAUAAAGAUACAAUUGAUUUUACUUGAA